AUGGAAGCAGCGGCCAUCCACGGCUGCAACCAGCGGGCUGACUGCGUGGAAUUCAGCCAUGGGUUGCUGGCAAAGCCCCUCCGCUUGGAGCAGAGAGGGGCCACGUCGGGAGAUUUCGUUCAAGGUACUUCCUCUGUGAUUUGGCCAGCUGCGAGUAGACUGGCCGUGUAUCUCUGCGACCAUCCUGAUCUGAUCCAGAACAAGAGCGUUCUUGAGUUGGGGGCCGGCUUAGGCCUCGUGGGCGCGGCCUGCGCUGCAGCAGGAGCCAAGCCGGUGCUGGUCACCGACUGCGAACGUGCCCUGCCCCUGCUGCACCAGAAUCAGGCCUUGCUCGCCCAGGAUUCAAUCCUCCUGGAUGUUGGCAGGCUUGAAUGGGGUCUGGCGGCAGAUCACGAGCGGAUUCUCGAAGGUUAUCCGCAGGGCUUCGACCUCGUUGUCGGCAGCGACAUCAUCUUGUCGUCCUUCGAUCUGGACAAGCUUUUCGAGAGCUGCAGAGCCCUGCUGUCUCGAACGAAGGACUCCAGGCUUCUGCUGGCCUUUGAAUUUCGAGAAGACUGGGAGUCCAUUGGGAACUUCAUCGGAUGGGCGGAGGAGGCUGGCAUGGAAGUGCAUCAUGAAGAGCUUGGAGGCCUGGCGGAGUUACGGGCAGAUGUCUGCGGAUGGCGAAGGAAGUGUGGUGGGCCUUUGAUUCCAGGAGGACCCGCCGGCGAGGAAUCCGCCUGCUUGCCGUAG